ACACCUUUGAUCAUUUGCAAUGUCCAGUAAACUAGUUAAAGCAUUAGCCUCUACACAUGAGGAAACAAGACAAGAGGCUGUGGAAUCUUUAGAAAAGUACAUCAGUGUGAAUGGAUUCAAGUUGACUUUAAUACAAGUGGAAAAACUCUGGAAGGGAUUAUACUAUUCUAUGUGGUUAUGCGAUGGGCCUGAAAACCAACAAGAUCUCAGUGAAAACUUGGCCAGAAUCUUCAAUAAUAGCGGAGUCAAGACCAAGGACUGGGUUAAGUACAAUGAGGCGUUUUGGGUCAUUAUCAUCAAAGAAUGGGCUGGUAUUGACCAGUGGAGAAUGGAUAAGUACUAUAUGCUCAUCAGAAGAAUCUUAAGGUACAACUUCACGUACUUGAACAACAAUAACUGGGACAAAAAACUUAUCGAUGAGUUCAAUUCAUUCAUGAAGAGACCUUUAACCCUCAACAAGAACAUGGCCAUUCCUUACCAUUUGUGUGAUAUAUAUUUGGAUGAGUUGGAAGAAUUUGGAGAUGAUAUACCGGAACAGAUCGUGCAACUAUUCAAAGAGUUGAGCAAGAGUGCUAAGUUACGAACCUACAGAGAUAAGAUCAAGGAGGAUGUGUUGGAAGAUCCACGUUCCAAAAAGUGGUGGUUUGGAGAAGACGAAGACGAUAGUGAACAAGACGACGAUGAAGAAGAAUGGACUGGAUUCUGAGUCCACAAGCAAAGCAUACACCUCCUAUGUGGCCAGCAUGGGAAUUCAUUUAAUAUGGUCAACCUGGCCAAGCCUGUAGAAUAGUCAAUAUAACAUAAUCGCAGUAUUC